CAGAUUGUCCUUACUCUCAUUGAGUGUCCCGACCAUGGCUGGGUCAGGUGUGCGUAUUCCGGUGGGAGUGUUAUUCUUAUUUUCCAUCGUUCUUCCGUGUCUAGGAAGAUCCCACAAUGUCACGCGGCCUAACAUUGUUAUCAUGCUUAUGGAUGAUAUGGGUUGGGGCGACCUGGGGUAUUUAAUGGGGAGCCGAGGUAGGGAGACGCCCAACAUAGACCUCCUUGCCCGGGGAGGUAUGAGUGCCACUGCCAUGUACACGGCGGCGCACCUUAUGUUCUCCCGUGACGGAGGUACAAUCCGUCCUCGGUUCCACCACGACGCCACGUCACUGACUCUUAGUCCAUCUCAUGGUAAAAUUCCUGAUGACGGUGGAAUGGCCGGCUAUCACUACCUCCGCCUACUCUGUGGAAGCUAUAUUGGUACUUGUGUAAGUGCGCUAACGGGCCCAAUGGGUUAUGGCUUUCGUAUAGUGCUGGUGGCAUACUGUGGCUCGUGGCUAUCCCCACUCUCACGGGUCGUAUCUCUUACCAAUCCGGAAAUGGUUCUUAUUUCGGAUAACGCGCCAGAAGACAGAAACGUGUGUGAUCGUCCUAUCCUCACGCACUACAGCGAGCCCGCUAUCCAGAACACACUUAGUGCGAACUACUUGCGUACUCCUGCGCGUAGUGCGCUCCAGCCGCGUCACUCAUCGGCGCUCAAGACUACGACCAUACACCGAUAUUUAGCCACCAUCUACCUAAUCACGCCCCGACACUCACUAGCCGGACAUCGGUGGGCGCGGGAUCUCAAACGACGAAGUUCUGCUCCUGAACUCCGGGCGCUCCUUCCAGUGGCUACACCUAGCGCCCCUGUGUGGUGGAACCCUCACAAUACACACGACUUCGUAACUCACUUCGACUCGAGCUCCAGGCCACUAGAGCGAGAUGUCCGGGUAUCGCAGGGUGUACUAGGGGACAUCCCGACUCAGAACGACUCGACUCCGUGCCCUAACCCCGCCUCUCCACAUGCUUCGCGACAUCAAGCCACGUCACAUCUCGCUCAGCUGAAUCAGAUCAAUCUCUGGGAUCACAACUUAACACUCCAUCCUGCGAUUACACAUCACAUCCACACGUGCGACCCGGCGCUACUCAUCAGACACUCUAACCCUGCCAGCCAGAACUCCGCGCACACGACCGUACGAUCUAAUAGAACACCGAGCCACUCCAGCUGGGGCCCUAUGAAUACGUGUCCAUCCGUGCUCCCACUGUCUACCAUUCCAAGCCUCACACCGACAUUAAUACCAAAAAGGCACCCGGCGAGCGGGACUCAGAUCUGGUCUAUCCCCCUUACUUACAGAUACUACGAGCAGUUCGCCAUCAACCGAACCACCGGCGAGUCCAACAUGACGAGACUCUACACCCAAGAAGCCGUCAAGUUCAUAGAGCAAGUGGCCGGGAAGAGUCCGUUUUUCCUGUACUGGGCGCCGGACUCUACGCAUGCGCCGACCUACGCUUCGAAGGACUUUCUUGGGACUAGUAGGAGAGAUCGCUACGGAGACGCGGUGAGGGAGCUGGACGCGGGCGUGGGGGCCAUCGUGGGCGCGCUCAGGAAAAUGGGCGUCGCUGAGAACACCCUGGUGGUCUUCUCGUCCGAUAAUGGGGCGGCGCUUGUUAGCAAGAGAGGGGGCGGCAGCAACGGACCUUUUCUCUGCGGGAAACAAACGACUUUUGAAGGAGGAAUGAGAACACCUGGUAUAUUUUGGUGGCCCGGUGUCAUACCAGCUGGUACUGUCACACACCAGGUGUGGACCCAAAUGGACCUAUUUUCCACGGCGAUCGAAUUGGCCGGAGGAACGAUACCGGAAGACCGAAAGAUAGACGGUCUGCCUCUCGCUCGCGCUCUCCAGCAUCCGGAACUGGAGAUAGCAAGACCCGUUUUCUUUUAUCGCGGUGACCGCCUGAUGGCCGUCCGUCUGGGAGGAUACAAGCUCCACGUCUGGACUUGGAGCACGCCCACCUACGAAUUGCAGAAGGGCAUCAACUACUGCCCGGGUGCUGAGGUCGCCAACCUGACCACGCCCACCCCGACGGAUCACAGCGCACGCCCAAUUCUGUUCAACAUCGAGGCGGAUCCCGGCGAGCGAUAUCCGGUCCCUCCCCACUCGCAGGAGUACUCGAAGCAGGUUCCUAAGCUGCUUUUCGCUAUCAUUGACCACCGGCGUGACCUCAAGAAAGGGGAACCACAGCUGAACUGGUGUGACCCUGCUGUCAUGCACUGGGCUCCUCCUGGCUGCGACGCCCUCAAGACGUGCCUGCCGGUUCCCCCAUCAAAGCCAACGAGGUGCUAUUGGCCCCACUAGGACCCACUAUAUCCUAGUGUGGAUAAUGAAAGCUAGAAAUCCUUGGCGACAUGGCAGGAUUAAUGACGUAUCCAGACAUGGGGAUUUAGGAAGGAUUUUAUUUUUCGUUUUAUCUGUUAUUAUCUAUUGUAAUUGUUGAAUUAUAUGAUUUAAUUAGAUUUAAUUUCUAGGUAAGAUUAAGCUAGGAAGAUUUACAUUCAACCAACAGACGCAAAAAUUGUUUAGCAAUAAUUAUCUAUUUUAGCCUAAAAAUAGAUUGAUGAAAUGGAUGAAGUAGAUUUUCCGUAUGAUUGACAGACCUCUAUUUUUUCCCCUCAGUCUUUCAUAACCAAUGUUGUGAUCCUGUUGUUAUAAGGUUGUGCGUCUGUUGUUUAUUGUUUAUGUUUGUUUUCUUGGGAGAUUUGAGGUUGUGAUUGCAUUUCUUGUGAUUCUUAUGCUCGCAGUGUUGCAUAUAUUGUUUUCGGAAUGAAUUCUGUUCCGAAAUGUUAAAUUUGUAUUUAAUAAUAAAGUUUUAUCCUUCA